AUGGCCAAGUCCACGAACCACACGGCGCACAAUCAGUCGUAUAAAGCGCACAGAAACGGCAUCAAAAAGCCAAAGAAGCACGCGAAGAAAUCCUUGAAAGGCAUGGACCCGAAGUUUCUCCGCAACCAAAAGUUCUGCAAGAAGCACAAUAAAGUGAACUAA